UCUCGCGAGUUCGUGUCAGUUGCCAUCGUGUGUUCACUCGUGUAGCAUCGCUUCCCUGGAACACCCUCACACCAUGAAGACUUUCGUGUUUCUCUACGUGUUAGCCACAGGCCUGGCCGUGCGGACGCCGUCGAUCAGCUGGAUCACGAAGGAGCAGGUGGUGGACAUCGGGUCGAGCGUGCAGCUGGAGUGCUCCGUGCAGUACGCCCAGGACUACCCCGUGCUGUGGGUCAAGCGGGGGACCCAGGGCGUGCAGGACCUGCCCAUCUCGAACGGCCCCUCGCUCAUCCUCAGGGACUCCAGGUACUCCCUCAGGCACGACGAAGGCUCCGCUACCUACAUCCUGCAGAUCAAGGACAUCCAGGAGAGCGACGGCGGGGAGUACAUGUGCCAGGUGCUCAUCGGCAUCAACAACCGCAUCACGGCCAACGUCGACCUGCUCGUCCGCCGCCCGCCCGUCAUCUCAGACAACUCCACCAGGUCCGUGGUAGCGAGCGAAAACGAGAGCGUGGAAUUGUCCUGCUACGCCGGCGGAAUGCCCAUCCCGGACAUCUCCUGGAGGAGGGAAAAUAAUGCUAUCCUGCCCACCGGGGGGUCGAUCUACAGAGGCAACGUGCUGCAGAUCGCCAACAUCCGCAAGGAGGACCGAGGCACCUACUACUGCAUCGCCGAGAACCAGGUGGGCCGCGGCGCCCGGAGGAACAUCAACGUCGAGGUUGAGUUCGCGCCCGUCGUCAAGGCCACGCGCCCCAGGGUCUACCAGGCUCUCCAAUACGACAUGGACCUGGAGUGCCACGUCGAGGCCUACCCCCCCGCGGCCAUCACCUGGAUCCACAAACAGGAGGCCAUCGUCAACAACCAACAUUACAGGGUGUCCCAGUUCGCCACGGCCGACGAGUACACAGACACGACCCUCCGCGUGUUGAGUAUCGAGAAGAGGCAGUUCGGUAACUACACCUGCAUGGCCACGAACAAGCUCGGUCAGUUCAGCGCCAGAGUAGAGCUCAUCGAGACCACCACGCCCGUGUGCCCGCCCGCGUGUGGCACCCUCACCUACUCUGCCGCCCACACGCCCUCGCCUUCCGCCCUGGCCAUCCUCGCUCUCUUUGCUGCUAUCUUCCUGAGGAUCUAAGGAGAGCACGUGGUCCCGAACAUCAGGUACCCCGGCGUCUUGCUCUACACCGCCGGCGGCGCAGGAGGGGGUGCCGCUUCGACCCUGCCUUCGAGGACGAGCUCUGCAGGAGUCGCUGUCGUCGUCCUGUUCGGCGUCCUGGCCAUCAGAUUGGGGGUUUGAUUGGGGCUCGACUGGGGGUUUGAUUGAGGAUGGGGGGAGGGGAGGGAGGGGGAGAGAGGGUUGAGAGAGGAGGAGGUAAAAGACGGAGAAGAUGAGAAAGGAAGUGCAGGAAGAGCAAGAAGUGGAUGGAGAGGGAGAAGAGUGUGUUGGAGGAGAAGGAGGAAGAUGGUUAGUGAUGGUGAUGAAGGAGUUAGAGGAGGAGGAAGAAAUAAACGAUUGGUGAUAAGAUAAGAGAAGAUUGAUGAUGACGGUGGAGACUGAGAAGAAAUGAGGAUUCCAUCACAUUCCUGUCAUUGCCAUUUUAUAUACACACAUAUAUCUAUGUAUGUUCUAUAUAUAUAUAGAAGAAAGGUAGACUAAGAAGACUAAAGUGUUUCUUUCCUUUUGAUUUUGAUUAACAUCAUUUUUUUUCUAUUUAAACUUUCCGUUGGAAUUUCUUGAUCAACCUCUCAUUGUCACAAUGCAUGCUGACGUGUGAUUCAGAUGAAGGCACUUUUUUACCGACUAGACACUUUUUUGCUAUUGCAUUUCAGUAUGUGUGAGAAUCAUAGGAACUAAUAAUUUCUUCAUAUACUGUAGACUAAUGAUGACAUGUUUCAUUCAGGCAACCAGUCUUAGGAGUUUGUAUAUAAACGGCUUUUGAAACGCGUAGUAGUGAAAUUCACACGGAAACCAUCCAUACACGAUUGGUUGAAUGAUCUUAGGGGUAGUGUUUUAAUCAGUGUAAAAUUCCCUGGUAAAUUGUCAUGUCCUUUUUUAUAUAUAUAUUCACAUCUAUAUCACUAAUUCUAACAUGGAAACCACUUUUCAAUAAGUACUUAUAGGAGUCCAUAACGCUGCAAUGCAACACCUGUGAUGUCCAGACAAGUUUCUGAGCAUUACACUGUACAGAAUAUCAUUGUCUUCGGCCUCUCAGGUUUCGUGUAUAUGUACUCUCUGACAUGUGGUUUUGGGAGAUAUGUAUACACACUUUACAUGCGUCACAAUGUUAUAUAUAUAAUGUAUAUGUAAUGUAGGGAAGGGAGACCCUAAGGCAAUUUUGAUAUUUGUCUUGUGUGAGUAUGAUUAAAAAUGCCUUUGAAAUAGAGAAGUAUACCUGUGGGUUGGUUAGCUAAAUGUGAUUAUUUUUCGUUGAAGUUAAAUGCCUGGUGGCAUGGAUGUUAACAAGAAGAGCGAAUCUUAAUAGAAAUGUCCAUCUCAUCAGAAGUAAAUCUGUUUCAUUUUUCUAUACUUAUAUCUAUCCAGGGGUUAGAUGACAAAUUAGAUACACAUAUAUCACAUUUGACUAAUUGUCAAAAAAGAGAGAAAGAGAAAGAGAGAGAGAGAUAGAGAGCGAUAAAUUAAAGUAAACUGAAGCUUUUAAAAGCAACCAAAUUACACUGAAAGGUGGUGAUUAAGGACUAAAUUCCAGUGAAAAUUAUUAGACGUGGCCUUUAUACCGCCUAUUUCAUUUCAUCUUAAACCAACAUCGCGCUAAACCUCAGGAAAGUUUUUUUUUUUUUUUUUACGAAAUCCAUAUAAAAGUGUACAAAAUUUGGAAAUUCUUUUGUUUUAUUUCCUAUUUUGCAGAUAAGGAAGCAACUGUAUGAAAAUCAGAUAUUAGAUAGAAUCUCGCUCUCCAUCUCGUGUUGUAAUGCUUUUUAUGUAUUCUAUGAUUAUUUGUAGUGGAAGAAACGAGAAGUGAAAGUAAGGAUGAUAUUUAGAUAAAAUAUUCCAUAUAGGGUUUUCGUCUCACAGCAUUUUAUAAGUAUUUUAUUUGUAUAAAAUGUAGUGCAAUUUUAGGUGUGUUGUAUGACGGUCAGCUCUUGUUCAUGUGUGUGUGCGUGUGUUCGUAUGUCUGUGCUUGAGAGCGAAUGCUUUUGUUUGAAGUCAAGGGCGAAUGAGGGAAUUUUGUAUGUUUUUUCCUGUCAAUAAAAAUUGUCUUUAAAAA